AUGGCCCAGCAGCUGGCACCUCGCGCCAGAGCAGUGCUGGACUUCUGGCUGGGCGAGGGCUGGGAGACCGCCCCGCCUGGUGACACGCGCCCGCAGUGCAGCAAGCUGUGGUUUGGGGGCGGGCCCGAGGUGGACGCCCAGAUUGUGUCGCAGUUCCGAGGCGACUGCGAGGCGCUGAUCGCUGGGCAGUACGACGCCUGGCAGCACGUACCGCUGGAGGCGCUGGCGGGCGUGAUCCUGGGGGACCAGCUGAUGCGCAACGCCUUCCGCGGCACCCCCAAGAUGUAUGCGGCAGACCCCAAGGUGCUGGCUUGGUCCAAGGCGCUGCUGGCGAGCGGCGCCGAGCAGCUGACGCCCAUCCAGCAGGUGUGGCUGGCCAUGACGCUGAUGCACUCGGAGGAGCUGGCAGACCAGGAGGCGUGCGUGGCCCAGUUUGCCAAGAUGGCGGCCAAGUGUGAGGCGGAGGGGCUGCAGGAGAUGGCGAGCAUGCUCAAGAACAACUGCAAGUAUGCGGUGGCGCACCGCGACGUGGUCGAGCAGUGGGGGCGCUUCCCGCACCGCAACGCCCUGUUGGGCCGCGAGGACACCCCCGAGGAGGCGGCGGGGAUUGCGGCUGGGACCAUCCCCAAGUGGUGA